AUGGCUCGAUCAGGGGCCGACCUCGGCCACGAAGUUAUCGAUCUAGUAUCUGAUAGCGAGGACGAUGACCAAGUGGAACCUGCAGACAAGUUGCCCAAUCCGGACGACCCUGUUUACAAUGUGAACGCGCAUUUCGACCUAGAAGACCGCGACACGAUCGACCUAACGGCCAUCCCAGAUAUCGAUGUGCCGCCAUCUGAUCCUUUCAUGAUAGAUGACAAAACAUCACAUUCGAAUGAGGAUUCCAAUGACUGGGGCGGUGAUACGCAACUCGUCACCGAAGCCGCGUGCUUGCAGAUGGUCCUGGGUGUCUUGCCGGAUAUCUCCGUCGACCAUGCGCUCGAAGUCAUUCACCAGAAGACAACAGAUGCCACACGUACAAUCGCACUGUGCGAGAAAGUUGUCACUCAACUUCUGGACGGCGAUGCGUAUCCAAAAGAGGUGGACGAGGCGAAGAACAAGAAGAGGAAGAGGGAAGAUGAUGGCGAUUUGAGCGAUUAUGAGAAGGGUGAACGAGACCCCGAAGCGACCGGAUAUGAACAACAGGCAUCAGAUCUCCUCAAAGACGAGUUUCUCAGCGUGCCUAUCCGACAUAUCACAAACGUCUUAGCACUGAACAAAACUCUUUUCAAAGCCUACGGUGUGCUAGAAGAACAAGUCCGCAACUACCGGCGAGUGGCAUCGCCUUUUACAAUCACCGGCAAAUCACGCAUCAAGCGCGACUUCGAACAUAAAUUGAUCGAACGUGGAAGUCAACUUCCGAAAGAGUUAAACGCUGCAAGGAAGAAGAUCGAGAUCGAGGCUGCUAAACGUCGCAAAGCCGACGAGGCUGAACAGGCUGAAGAAGCCAACUUACAACAAGCUCAGAUGAACAAUGAGAUGGGCGAAUGCGCAUGCUGCUUCAACGACGUACCCCUCAAUCGCAUGAUAAGCUGCAACGGUGACACGGUUCACUUCUAUUGCUCAAACUGCCCUCGGCAGCAAAUUGAGACCCAAAUGGGACAGUCCCGCUACCGUCCAAAGUGUUUUGGAGUUGACGACUGCAAUGGUACUUUUUCGCGUCGCUUCCUGCAACAAGUCUUGAGCGAGAAGACAUUCGAACGACUGGAGCACAUGCAGCAGCUAGAGGAUUUGAAAGCAGCAGGGCUUGACUUCCUAUCGGAAUGCCCCUUUUGUGACUUCAGGAUGGAAUGUCCUCCAGUCGAGAUCGACAAGGAGUUCCGGUGCCAGAACACGAAGUGUGGCAAGACUAGUUGCCGACUGUGCCAGAAAGAUUCACACAUUCCAAUCAGCUGCGAAGAAGCCAAGAAGGACGGUCAGCUCACAUUGCGACACAUUGUAGAAGAAGCGAUGUCUGCCGCCUUGAUUCGACAAUGCAACAAUUGCAAACAUCCCUUCAUUAAGGACUUUGGCUGCAAUAAAAUGACUUGCACGCACUGCAAAAACCUUCAAUGCUAUGUUUGCUCCAAGAACGUAACCGACUACAAACACUUCGGCGAGGCACAAGAGGGGAAAUGUCCUCUACACGAAAACAUCGAAGACCGUCACGAGCAAGAAGUUCAGAGGGCAGCCGAUGAGGCCAUGGCUAAAGUUCGAGCUGAUAACCCUGGUCUCUCCGACGCCGACCUGAUGGUCAAAGUGUCGGACCAAGUUAAGCUAGCAGAAGAUGCGCGUAAAGUUCGAGCAGGGGCCGAUGCAGUUGUCUUCCAACAACGUAUGGGGGGUCCCAUCCGAGUGCCUCAAUUUGUUCCACCAGCAGCUCAGUACGUACGACCACAGCCCUUUGCAUUUGCCCGCGUCCCCGAUUUCGUUCAGCCCGUUCAUCCCAUCCAAUUUGUCCACCCUGUCGGCUACCUAGGUCCUGCUCCACAACAGCUGCCUUUUCAGUAUGUUUAUCAUCAUCCAUUUGUACCACCAUGUCCACGUUGUCAUAUGUAUCAUCCGCCUAACCAAUUUUGUUAG